AUGAGACAUGGAAGGAGAAGCAAAAAAAAAAGAAGAUUGGAAUGUAGUAGAUGUGGAAGUUGCAGACAUUUGGCCCGUGACAACAACUGCCCAGCAAAAGGAAAGGCUUGCCUUAAAUGUGGCAUCUUAGGACACUUCAGAGAUCAAUGCAGGACAAGACAAACUCAGAAGAGGAAAUUUGAAGGAGGGGAAUCAUCGAACAGUCAGGGAAUAAAGAAGAAAAGCAGGACAACAAACAAUAUCGAGGAAACUGCAAACAUAAUCACGGAUGAAAGAAAAGUCGACUACAUUUUCAAUAUAGAGAACGACGCAAAGGUCACAUGUAACAUAGGUGGAACCAACGUGGAGAUGUUGAUAGAUUCAGGCUGCAAGCACAACCUUAUAACAGACCAAACCUGGGAAAGAAUGAAGAAAAAUAACGCUCAAGUUACCAAUCAAGAUUCGAAUACUGACAAAACGUUCAUAGCUUACGGGAGUGCAACACCGCUGAAGCUGUUAGGAUCAUUUAAAGCCACGAUAAAACUUGCCGGAAUAUCACAGGACGUCACAACAUUCUACGUGAUCAGAAACGGUACGCGUGACCUACUUGGACGUGUGACGGCAACCUCAUUGGGAGUACUUCGGAUCAAUUUGGAUAUCAACCAGGUCGGAACUGAGGCGUUUCCAAAAUUUAAAGGCGUUUUAGUUACCAUUCCGAUUGACGAUUCAGUGAAGCCCCUUGCUCAGCCGUAUCGGAGAAUUACCAUCCCACUUGAAAAAAAAGUAGAGAAUAAACUGAAAGAAUUACUAGAAAGGGACAUUAUAGAAGUCGUGAAAGGUCCUUCUAACUGGAUUUCGCCUAUGGUCCCUGUGCUAAAAAACGGGGGUGACAUCCGAUUAUGUGUGGAUAUGCGCCGAGCAAAUACGGCCAUACAACGUGAAAACCACCCACUGCCAACGAUAGAAGAACUGUUGCCUAAAGUUCGAGAAGCCAAAAUCUUUAGUAAGCUAGACAUACGAGAUGCUUUCCAUCAUAUCGAACUUCACACAGACUCAAGGCAUAUCACGACCUUCAUUACCAGCAAAGGAUUGUAUCGAUACAAAAGAAUGAUGUUUGGUAUCUCGUGUGCGCCAGAGAUUUUCCAAUAA